CGUGCUUGAACUCGAGAUUAGUUCUCAGCAACUCGUCAGAAGUACCGACUUUCACUCUGUGAAAAUGGAAACUUUGCUCUGUUUAUCUCUCCUUUUUGCGACCUUCUGCGGAUGCAUGGGCACGCCCUGGUAUCGGUAUUUAUUUGAGGAGAACAAUAAGGUGACGAGCAGCUCUUCUCAGUGUGGUUAUGAGACAUGUGACCUUGGUAAAGCAGGGAUGGUCAAUGUCCAUCUGAUCCCACACACACAUGAUGAUGUUGGAUGGCUAAAAACUGUUGAUCAGUACUACUAUGGCUCUCGAAAUAACAUCCAAGAUGCAGGUGUCCAGUACAUCUUGGACAGCGUCAUUGAUCAGCUCCAGAAAGAUCCCAAAAAGAGGUUCAUAUACGUCGAGAUGGCAUUCUUCUAUCGCUGGUGGAAUCAGCAGCAUGACCUCGUUAGACAUCAAGUCAAACAACUUGUUAACGAAGGCCGUCUUGAGUUUAUCCUUGGAGGCUGGUGCAUGAAUGAUGAAGCUGCCACACAUUACAAUGCCAUCAUCGAUCAGCAUACGCUUGGUUUCAAGUUUCUGCGGGAUAACUUUGGAGACUGUGCUCGGCCACGUGUGGCUUGGCAGAUCGAUCCUUUUGGUCACUCUAAGGAACAAGCCUCACUUUUUGCUCAGAUGGGAUACGAUGGUUUAUUUUUCGCCCGUAUCGACUAUGCAGACAAGGCAAAGAGAAUUGCAGAGAAGACGCUCGAAAUGAUGUGGAAGGCGAGUAAUAACCUCGGGGAGAGUGCCAACCUUUUCACUGGAGCAUUUUAUGGCCACUACAGUGCUCCAUCACGGUUUUGUUUUGAUACGAAUUGUCGAGAUGAGCCAAUAAGGGAUGAUGACAGGCUGCAUGAUGAUAAUGUCAAGGCCAGGGUCGAUGAGUUCAUGAAGGCAAUGAGUGACAGGGCAAAGGCAUUUGCUACCAGUCAUGUGAUGCAAACAAUGGGAGAUGACUUUAACUUCCAAAAUGCCAACAUGAAUUUCAAAAACAUUGAUAAGCUCAUUAGAUACGUCAAUGAUAGGCAAGCUGAGGGCAGCAAGCUCAACCUCCUCUACUCUACACCAUCAUGUUAUUUGUACGCCCUAAACAAAGCUAACUACACCUGGCCAUCCAAGUCAGAUGACUUCUUUCCCUAUGCCUCUGACCCACAUGCGUACUGGACUGGCUACUUCACCAGCAGGUCCUCACUCAAGGGAUACGUCAGGGAGACAAACAAUUUCCUUCAGGCGGUCAAACAGCUCGAUACUCUGUCGCAGUUGGGGCCUGAGCAUAGCAGUAACUACAAGUUGGGUGUUCUCAAACGAGCCAUGGGAGUAGCCCAACACCAUGAUGCUGUCAGUGGUACAGAGAAACAGCAUGUGGCGUAUGACUAUGCGGAGAGACUUGCCAAUGGGACUGCUGAAUCCCAGCAAGUCGUAAGCCAUGCCUACCAGAAGCUGAUGGCCAAGGGAUCAGACGUAACACCAGAUCAUCAGUUCUGUGACCUCAUGAACAUCAGUAGAUGUGCAUUCACUGAGUCCCAUAGUCAGUUUGUCCUUACUGUCUACAAUCCUAUCGCCCGACCUGUUACUUCAUGGGUGCGCCUCCCAGUGGUGAACAGCGCCUAUAGAGUCACUGGCCCUGAUGGUAAACCAGUAGUGACACAGAUGGUGCCUGUCAGUUCCAGAACCAAAGCCAUCCCCGAGAGAAAGCCCAGCAAAGCUCAAUACACACUGCUCAUGAACGUCAGCCUACCGCCGUUAGGAUUCAGUAACUACUUCUUCAAUUAUACAACAAGCUUGUUAUUCCACCAGAAUGAGGCAAGUCGCGUCACCAGGGAUAGUACUUUGAAAAAACAGGAUGACAUUGUAAUCCAAAAUCAGCAUGUAUCAGUCUCGAUCAACCCAACCACUGGCAUGAUAGAAAGCAUGACCAACAAAGAUAAAGGGAUCACCAUCCCGCUACAGCAGUCCAUCCUCUACUACUCAUCUUUCCAAGGAAACCAGUCUGCACCAAAGUGGCGUAACUCUGGAGCGUACAUCUUCAGACCAAAGGAGAAGUUCCCUCUACCUACAGCAAACUCAGUAAAGGUUACUAAAGUUGAGGGUCUACAUGUGACAGAAGUACACCAAACAAUGAACGAAUGGGCAACACAAGUGAUCAGAUUGUACAACAAUGCUAAAUAUGUUGAACUUGAAUGGACUGUGGGGCCUAUUCCUGUUGCUGAUAAACAGGGCAAAGAAGUUGUCAGUUACUUCAGGACUGGACUGGCAUCUAAUAAGCUCUUCUACACUGAUGCUAACGGCAGGGAGAUUCAGCUCAGAACUCGUGAUUAUCGUCCGACCUGGAAGCUGAAUGUCACUGAGCCGGUGUCAGUGAACUAUUACCCAGUCAACAGUCGUAUCUUCCUUAGGGAUGAGGUGAACAAGAAGGCCCAGUUCUCAAUUCUAACAGACCGUUCACUAGGGGGUAGCAGUAUGAGAGACGGUGAUCUUGAAAUCAUGCUGCAUCGCCGGAUGCUUCACGAUGAUGGUUUUGGUGUGAAUGAAGCCCUCAAUGAACAGGGCUGCGAUAAGAAAGGACUGAUCGUCAGAGGUAAACUGUAUCUCCUCUUGGACACCAUUGAAGCUUCUGGUAGCCUGCAUCGUGACAUGGCCGAGAAACUCUUCAUGGCCCCUACCUUGUCGUUUAUGGAGAACAGUCUUCCAUACUCUGCUUGGACUGCCAAGUACAAUGUGAUGUAUUCUGGCGUAAAGAGAGCUCUGCCCGACAAUGUUCAUCUGUUGACUAUGGAACAGUGGACUGCCAGCACGUUUCUGUUGAGAUUGGAGCACUUCUAUGAGAAGAAUGAAGAUGCAACUUUAUCUAAGGCUGCAACGGUUUCUCUUCUGGGCCUGUUUGCUCCAUUUGAGAUUGGUUCUGUUGACGAGCUCAUGCUUGGGGCCAAUCAGCGACUCGCUGAUUCUCAUCGUUUGAAAUGGAACUUCAAAGAUACUCAGAAUGAUUACAAGAGCUACGUUGACAAGUCGUAUGGCGCAGAAUCCAACCACGUCCCCAGCAACGCCUUGGAUGUCACUCUUCAGCCGAUGCAGAUUCGCACAUUCCAAGUUUCUCUAAAACAAUGAGCGGCUGAACAAUUCUUAUGUAGUACACAGACCAAAUAUUAGAUGUGGCUAAAGUGAUCUAUGAUUUGACUCUGUGGCCUUGGUUUAUAACCAAUGUGGCCAUAUUAGUAAUAGCUUUUAUUAUGAAGUCAUGUGAUAUACUGAAUAACUUUUGCAACAGUUUUUUUUGUCAUGAAAAUUUAAAGUCUGACUGUGUUGUUUAGCGUGUAUCAAUCAAAUAGUACUGUACUGGUCUCGAUAUUAUACUCACAUGCUGUGUUUAAUCAGAUAAUAUAUUUUGUAAUUUAUAUAUAUAUAUAUUCAGUGUCUGGCACUGAAGGAGAAGGGGUCACAAAGGUACUUUGCAUAUAUCUCCACUGGACCAGCAUUUUUUGUCUGUUAAUUUAUAGGAAAUUCAGUACAUACAUACACCACCAAUAGACUUGGUCUUGGGACUUAGAAGUCAGGUCUGUUUUCUGUGAGUAUCCGGUUUAGUGAAGUAGCUUAUAUCAUUAUGUGACUAUAAAGUUGUAAAGUAUCUUGCCGAUGUUAAGCAUAAUGCAUUCCACUUGUGAUAUUCUUCUGAGUUUCUUGCAAUACAUGUAUCAUAUUAGGAAGCUGUCAGAUUUUUAUGAAAUUCUCCUUUCCUGCCAAAUGGGUAAUAUGUGCUACUCAAUGUUUUUUUUCAUCCCGCAUGCAGUAUGGAAUUGAUUACCUACUUUCUGUGUGAGUGGAUUAGUUUUGAAACUUAUUGUCGUGAAUUCAUGUUCUAUAUUUCCUUCUGCCCUGUCUGUCCCGUUAAGCAGUCGAGAAUCAAUAUCAAUGUCGAACAAAAUGUGAGUCAAAAUUACCAAUCAUCAGCUGAGUAUUGGACCCAUGAGCCUCUUGUUUAUACAGCAGUGACUUUCUAGUUCAUUGGAAGGUACAGCCCACCUGCCUGCAUGAUGGGCAGAUUCCUGGUAUUCUUGAUCCACUGUUAAAUGCUCCAUUUCAUCAAUCCAUUGGCUUUGUAUCUGUUAGAUAAGCUACCAGUUCAAAUAUAUGUAAAAAAAUAGUGUGCAUUUGAAACUUUCAAUCAAACGCCUGUGAUCUGAUUACCGUCACCAAUAAAUCGAUUUAAAAAGAAUAA